GCGCUGCGGUAGUGCGGCAGAGGUACUAAAGCGAUUGCACACACUGGUUGCAACCAGGUUUAAAGCGGAUUGCAGUACCUGAAUUUGUACCUGUAUUGGAGUCAUUGGAGACACUGGUGGAUCGUUCGAUUAGCGCUGAGCAGUGUUGAUUUAUACGCGAAUGCGAAAAUAUGGCAAGUUCGUCACGGAACGCCACGAACAAGGUUUGUUGUUACGCACAUCCAGAUGCCCCACUUAUAGAAGAUUACAGGGCAGGAGAUCAGAUUUGUUCAGAAUGUGGAUUGGUUGUGGGGGAUAGAGUGAUAGAUGUAGGUUCAGAAUGGAGGACGUUUAGCAAUGAAAAGUCAGGAGUGGACCCAUCACGUGUUGGUGGCCCGGAGAAUCCACUUCUCAACGGCGCGGACUUGUCCACGAUGAUUGGACCAGGCACGGGUGCCGCGUCAUUCGAUGGCUUCGGUACCGCCAAGUAUCAAAAUCGGCGUACAAUGAGCAGUUCCGACAGAGCUUUACUCAAUGCGUUUCGCGAGAUCAACGGUAUGGCAGAUCGUAUCAAUUUACCGAAGACCAUCGUGGACAGAGCCAACACCCUGUUCAAGCAAGUGCACGACGGCAAGAAUCUGAAGGGUCGCGCGAACGACGCAAUUGCCUCCGCGUGCUUAUACAUCGCCUGUCGGCAGGAGGGAGUGCCGCGUACAUUCAAAGAGAUCUGUGCGGUCAGCAAGAUAAGCAAGAAGGAGAUUGGUCGGUGCUUCAAGUUGAUUCUCAAAGCUCUCGAGACCAGCGUGGAUCUCAUCACUACCGGCGACUUCAUGUCCCGAUUUUGCUCCAAUCUCGGCCUUCCCAAUAUGGUACAAAGAGCUGCUACGCAUAUCGCUAGGAAAGCGGUGGAGAUUGAUAUAGUACCUGGAAGAUCGCCCAUCUCUGUCGCCGCUGCGGCAAUUUACAUGGCAUCACAGGCGUCGGAAGACAAGAGAUCGCAGAAGGAGAUUGGCGAUAUCGCCGGUGUCGCGGACGUCACGAUCCGACAGUCGUAUAAAUUGAUGUAUCCUCACGCGAGCAAACUCUUUCCGGAAGACUUCAGAUUCGCCACGCCGAUCGAUCAGUUACCGCAGAUGUAAAAACAGGGAAGAGCUUCACUUUCUUCUUUCGAAAUAUUAUUUUAAAGAAAUACUUCUUUUCCAUCACAAGCGUAAGCCAUUGUGCGUAAAUCCGACUAUUUUCAUUAACAGGAUACAUUCCUGAAUAAUUUAUGCGAUUCAAUAUUUUUUAUUUUACCGCGAAUGAUAUAUUAAUACUUUUUUUCCUUCUCUCACUUUAUUCAGAAUAUAUUUUUCAAGGGUACAACGGUGCUUAGAUGGAAUAUAUUUAACAUUCAUAUUCUGUUAUUUCACAUACUGCAGUAUAAAAAUUGCCUCGUGUAAUUUAUAUUUCCUUUACGUAGCACACAAUUCGACUUCCUGUUAUUUUUUUCUGUUUGUAAAUUUAUAUCUUAUAGCGCAAAAAAGGCUAUUAAAUUUUGCGCUGUUACAUAGUCGAUAAAACAACUAUUUUUUCAACUGUACUGUUAGAAAACAAAUUCUUACGAGAUGG